UGGAUUCACUGCACUACAGUAGCACUGCAUCUAUCCCGGCCCUUUCUUGAACUAACUUGAACAGAGAACAGUCGCAAACUGAAGGAUUUUGUUGGGUGGGUGUAGUGUUAGACGUAUACGUUGGCACAUUUUCCUAAGGCCAAGGGUGCGCUUUGGCACAUUGGAGGAAUAAUUAUCAAGGCUACUUUUAUUUCGGAGUUACAGCUGAGGAGCGAUUAUGCUUUCAGAUUUGAUAAUUUGCUGUACGUUGUUGGUCAACGCUGGUGCUGUACUCAACUUCAAGCUGAAACGGAAAGGACCGGAUUCUGGUUUUGGUGAAGAGGUUGAAGGCGAGGAAUCAUUUGGUGACCGGGUACGAGAGUUUCUUUUGAACCUACGCUACUUCCGGAUAUUCAUUGCGCUGUGGAAUGUUCUAGUAAUGCUGGGCAUGAUCCUAUUCUUCGGGAGCUAACGCAUCGAUCAGCGCACCAUCAGUUGUCUGUUGAAGAGUGUACAGCACUACGCCGAAUCUGCCAGCGCACUUCUUCAGGUUACUGUAGCCAGCUAAAAGCUACUACAAUUAUUGUGCACUGUAUGCACACCAGCGGCUGGAAUCCUCCGAAUGCUACCGGUGUCAGUUUAUCAAGACAAGAAGUGUACUCCAUGUGACAGUGGAUGAUAGUGGUUUUGCUUCUGAAACACCUGGGAACCUGGUAUGUUCUGAUUUCAGAUUUGGCAAAGGCCAUUCUUGAGGCUCAUCGUUGCUUGCUUAAACAGCUGGUUGCCUCUGUGUGCACAGGCACGGAUUGAACAUCUGUACUAAACACCGUGUGUAAAAUUUAUCUCCCUGAUCCCUCUACACUCAGGGUCAUUGCGUUUUAUCAUGGAUUAUUUUCAUGCACUUGAAUCUGAUUCAUUGUGUUCAGUGUCAGCACAAUGACUUUGCACUACAAUCAUGAAGCUUCCUUCUACCUCCAAUGACAUAUAUUUUGGACAGAUAACUUGUAAUAAGUACACUCA